AUGGAAGUUAACCUCUCUCUCAACCACCACCGCGCCCUCUCUCUAGCCUCCCGCACUCCCUCCCUCUCCACUCUCCGCACGCACUUCCUCGCCUCCACUCACACUCUCCGUCCCCCUCCAACGCCCCCCUCCCUUCGCUCCCGCAACAAACGCUCCACCCGCCAUAACUUAGGUCUCCUCCGCUUCCACUCCCCGCGCUUCGUCUUCAAGGCCUCCCUCCAUUCCCACUCCGUCAUCGUCGUCGUCAUCGUCGUCACUUUAUCCGCCGUUUCCUGGCUCCACUUCACUCUCACCAAGAAAAAAAACAAGUCUCUUAACCAGGAGAUUCUUCACUCCACAGCUUGGAUUAAUGCAUUUAGUGUUCUGGAUAGAGUGUUACUGCUAGUGAAGCUAUUACAGACACGGGGGCAUGCGAAUUUCGCGUUAUCGCCGCAGGGAACUAAUGUUGGGAGCCGGGUCAUUGAUGACGACAUUCUUGGUUUUACGGAAUUUCAAAGGGAUAACAAGCUGACUGAGAUUGGGAAGUUGAAGGAUCAGCAUGGGGAAGACUACCGCGUCUUUGAGGAAAACGAGAUCCACCUCCCGUUUUUGAAAUCUUCAGUGGUGCAAGAAGUGGCCCUCGCGACUGAGACUUCAGAGUCAUCUUCUUCUGUUCUUGACUCUGGUGUGAAUAAUAAUGAUAGUAAUAAUAGUUCCAAGGUAUUGGAUGAGUCUUUUUUAUCCGUGGCUUUCUCACCAAGUUCAUUACCACCUCUGGAGUUUGCUGAGGAAAUGGCUAUACAAGUGGAAGAAAGUCAAGAAAAAAUUGAACUUGGUGCCAUCAACGGUGAUGCCCUUUUUGGUGAGUCAGUUAGAGAAGGGUUAUACAUGUUUUAUGAGGUUAACAAGUCUGCAACUGGAUCUAUGGCACCGCUGAGUAGUUUAAAGUCAUUAUCUCCCCGUGCUUCUUUUAUGAAUAAAAAAAGAUCUCCCUCAGUGAUGGGAAAUGCCACGCUGAAAGCAACAGGAUUAUCUACAAAUACUCCUCUACAAAAUGCAGAACAUGUAAAAGGAGCUGUUGAAAUUUUCGGUCAUAAAGAUGGCUACCCUCCACAACAUGUUUAUCAUGCCAAGUUUUUUAACACCUGCAAGAAAAGAAAGGCUGUUAAAGAGGCUUUUGAUUACAUUAGGCUCAUUCCAAAUCCAACGCUGAGUACAUUUAAUAUGCUUAUGUCGGUGUGCGCAAGCUCCCAAGAUUCAGAAAGGGCUUUCCAAGUUUUGCAGCUUCUUAAGGAUGCUCAACUAGAACCUGAUUGCAAACUUUAUACCACUCUGAUAUUAACUUGUGCAAAGAGUGGGAAAGUUGAUCUAAUGUUUGAAGUUUUUCACAAGAUGGUUAAUGCUGGAGUGGAACCUAACGUUCAUACCUAUGGAGCACUUAUUGAUGGUUGUGCUAGAGCUGGGCAAGUAGCUAAAGCAUUUGGUGCUUAUGGAAUUAUGAGGUCAAAGAAUGUGAAGCCAGAUCGUGUUGUAUUCAAUGCACUUAUAGCUGCUUGUGCCCAAUCAGGAGCUGUAGAUCGUGCUUUUGAUGUGUUAGCAGAAAUGGCAGCAGAAAUACAGCCCAUCGACCCAGAUCACGUAACUAUCGGUGCAUUGCUGAAGGCAUGCACUAAAGCCGGUCAGGUUGAACGAGCACAAGAAGUGUACAGGAUGGUACAAAAAUAUAACAUAAAGGGAUGCCCAGAAGUUUACACCAUUGCCAUUAAUUCUUGUAGCCAAACUGGGGAUUUGGAAUUUGCUCUGGCUGUAUAUAAUGACAUGACGCAGAAAGGGAUCCUCCCAGAUGAGAUAUUUCUGAGUGCACUGAUAGAUGUUGCUGGUCAUGCUAAAAACCUGGAUGCUGCCUUUGAUGUCCUACAAGAAGCCCAUAAAGGAGGAAUACAGAUUGGAAUAAUGCCAUAUAGCUCAUUGAUGGGUGCCUGUAGUAAUGCAAGAAAUUGGCAGAAAGCAUUGGAGCUAUAUGAAUAUCUUAAAUCUCUUAAAUUGACAUUGACAGUUUCAACAAUUAAUGCUUUGCUCACUGCACUUUGUGAUGGAGAUCAAUUUCAAAAGGCUUUGGAGGUUUUUUCUGAAAUGAAAGGAUUAGGAUUGUGCCCAAACAGUAUCACAUUCUCGAUACUUAUAGUGGCAAGUGAGAAAAAGGAUGAUAUGGAGGCAGCUCAAAUGCUCCUUUAUCAAGCCAAAAAAGAUGGUGUAGCGACUAACCUCAUCAUAUCUCGAUGCAUAAUUGUUCUAUGGUUUGUAAAUCCUGAUAGCGCUUCGAUUUCUUUGAAAGGCAUGUGCCAGCGGAGAUUUGAGAAGGCUUGCAUUGUUGGUGAGCCUGUUUUAUCUUUUCGCUCAGGACGGCCACAAGUUGAUAAUAAAUGGACAUCACUGGCCUUAAUGGUGUAUCGUGAAACAAUUGAAGCUGGUCAAAAACCUACAAUUGAAAUAUUGUCACAUAUUCUGGGAUGCCUGCAACUCCCUUAUGAUGCAUCUCUGAAAAAUAGACUUGCUGAGAACUUAGGAGUAAGUGCAGAACCUUCAAGAAGUUCAAACCUCUGUUCAUUAAUGGAUGGAUUUGGUGAAUACGAUCCUCGUGCUUUUUCAAUACUUGAGGAAUCUGCUUCAUAUGGAGUUGUUCCAUCUGUAUCGUUUAAAGUGAACCCCAUUGUUAUUGAUGCUAAAGAAUUACAUUCUUCUAUUGUUGAGGUGUAUCUCAUAACAGUUUUGAAAGGUCUCAAGCAUAGACUAGCAGCAGGUGCAAGAUUGCCCAAUAUAAUCAUUUUAUUGCCUGUAGAGAAAACAGAAGUCGUGUCUCUAAAGGGGAAGAAGAUCAUUAACCUUGCAGGAAGAGCUGGGCAAGCAGUUGGAGCGUUAUUGAGGAGGCUUCGGAUUCCUCACCUUGGUAAUGAAUCGAAUGGUAAGCUUAGAAUUAAUGGUCUGUCUUUGAAAAAAUGGUUUCAGCCGAAACUUGCAUCUCCAUUUAGCGGAAAACCAGGUGAUUGGAGUUCCUCCAUAUCACGACUAGGCAAAAGUAUUAGCCAUCAGCAACGAAACAUCCGAAUGGGCAAUCUGUCUUUGGACUAA